CACACCCUAAGCCCCGGCCUGCAACAAACUACACCGAUCGACCAGGCGGGCAGCGAGAGAUGAUGCGCCCCUCCGGCCUCCUCAUCAGCGGCGGCUCCGUAGUCGUGCGGCCGGCAACCAUGGCUGCGCGCGCCCCCUCGCGGCUUCCGUCCGUCGUCGUCCACCUCCCGAGGUGCACCGCCACAGGAGGGCCGCCGCACUGCAGGCUGACAGCGGAGGCAUCGUCCGUCCUCCCCAACAUGUCCGUAGCGUCCCCAUGGGUCAACGAUGACGACCUCACCGAGAUUUCCAUCUACGAGGUAAUUGCGUGGUCUGCAGAAGAAGCCAUGGAACUCAUCAAGCAGACUCCACCUCCACCACCUCCUCCUCCUCCUCCUCCCUCUCCUCCGGCGACGCACGACGUGGGCCAGCCACCUCCUCCUCCCUCCCUUGCAGCGCCGCCGCCGGCGCAGCACGACAUGGGCAAGCUACUCCGCAUGUACGCGCGGCUGCUCCGCCGCCUGGAGUCGCAGGCCAUCGACAUGUACGCCGGCAGCAGGAGGCUGGUGGAGUACCACGUCAUGGCGUGGGGCGCCUACGAGGCGACCCGGCCCGCGCUCCUCGGCCUCGGGUUCAUGGCGGGGCCAGGGAUCGAGGAGGUUCUCAUCGAGUGCAUCAACAGGGGCAACGCCGCCGUCGCCGCCGCCGCCGCCGCCGGCGACGGCCAGCCGAGGCUGCUCGCCGCGUUCGGGAUCAAGCCGGAGAGCCUGCCGGCGAACCCGACGGAGAGGCGCUUCGUGGCCGGCAUCCUGUACGCUGCGCUGGAGAUGAGGAACUGCGUGCGGAGGCGGGUCCGGUGGCUGAGGAGGGUGGAGAGGUUCAACCAGCGGCGGCGGGAGGAAGAGGCGGAGGCGGCCAUGAGGAGGGAGGAGGAGGAGGCGAGGAGGAAGCUGGAGGUGCAAAAGGUUCUUGAGGGGUAUGAGGAAUUUAUAAAUUUUAAAUAAAUAUUUGGCUUGUUUAGAUUCAAGGAAUUAAUUUUGGAGGUUUUUCACAGUAAUUAAUUGUUUUGAUCCCUAUGAAAUUACUACUUUCCAAAGUAGCACUUAGCCUUACAAAGUACUGAAGGAUCCAAGCUUCACAGUGCACUUCAUACUAUUGAAGGGAGUAGUUGCAUUUUCAAUUGUUUUCAGUGGCUACUCGUGAUAGAAACCAUUAUAUAUCUUUGGCUGUUAUUGUGACUUAUAUGUUCUAAACUCAUCCAAUUUGUUUU